AACAAACACUGGCAACCAACCCACUUCACUUACCUUCGACCAAGGAAAAACUUGAUUAAUUAAACAUUGCCCUUCACUUUCACCACUCUCUCUCGUUCCUCAUCAAAACGUCAAUCCCACUCUUCCACUCUCCCCCCAACGUUUCGACAUUUCCUUCCACUUCGCUGUUCAUAUAUUGAUACCGCAUAUUCAGAUCUGUUCGACGACUUUGCUGUCCUCCGGCAACAGAACACGAUACAUACCCUCAUACGGACACAUACACAUCCAAAUACAACUACAAUGUCGGCGCAGACAGGCACCACCGCCAACUACGACUACCUGCGCCGCAAGCAGUCCGUCAAGGCGCCUGUAUCAUCAGUGGCUCCCGUUCGCAAGCCUGUCCGCACACCCAGCGAGCGCAACAGCAAUGGCACUGUGAGCUCCUACGACACUGCCAACACCCGGGAGACCAACAUCACAGAGCCCCCUACCUACUCCAAGAAGCUCGUCGUUGUUGGAGAUGGCGGCUGCGGAAAGACAUGUCUUCUCAUCAGCUAUAGCACCGGCAACUUCCCUGAGAAAUAUGUACCAACUGUCUUCGAGAACUACAUCACUCACACACCACAUCCUCCUACCGGAAAGAUGGUUGAGCUUGCUCUCUGGGAUACUGCCGGUCAAGAGGAGUACGAUCGAUUGAGGCCGCUCUCUUACCCCGAGACAGAUAUCUUGUUCGUCUGCUUCGCCAUUGAUUGCCCCAACUCGCUCGAGAACGUCAUGGACAAAUGGUACCCCGAAGUUCUUCACUUCUGCCCAACCACCCCAAUCAUGCUUCUCGGCCUCAAAUCAGAUCUUCGCAACAAGAGGUCAUGCAUUGAACUACUCAAGACACAAGGCCUCACACCAGUGACGCCCGAGCAGGGCAGGGCAGUAGCAAAGAAGAUGGGCGCGCACUAUAUGGAGUGCAGUAGUAAGGAGCAAGACGGUGUCGAGGAGAUCUUCGACAUGGCCGUGACAACAGCGGUAGGAGAGGAGUACAAGGAGCCAGAGGAGACGGGCGUGCCGCGUUCUGCAUUCACAGGUGGUAAGAAGCCUAAGAAGCGGAGCUGCAAAGUCCUCUAAGCAUUUCUCUUUCGUUUCUUGUAGAGUCCGUGGUACUGAGCAACCCCAACCCGCCGCCUUCGGUAGGAUUAUCAAGAUUCACGACGCUGGACGACACGAUCGAGAUGCUUAAUGACCGUAUCAUGGACAUAUUUACCUUUCUUCGCACCCUUUUCGAGCAUCCUAGUCGUGGUAUAGCGGCUACUGGGGGGAACCACAUUGGCGUUCGGGAUCUGUCAUACACAAAUCGGAGGAGUUAGUCUGCAGCGCCCUCCUCUUCUGCACAUCCAAAUUUCCUUUCCUUUUCUCUUGUUUGUAUUCUGGUAUCUGGUAUCUGAACGGGGUUGUCCGAGGAGCUUCCCGCCGUGUAAAAGAAGUGAAUUUGAAACGAAUUUUCCAUUGCCUCG